GCUGGGUGGACAGUUUGGACAUUGCGAGACAAUCAGUGCCGGCCCCGAAGGGUCAACCAUAGGUUGCACUUUACGACAAACUCUUCUUCCCCAGUCUCUCUCCCUUUACGGUCUGUCUUAGCUCAAGCUGACUGAUCAAGGACGAUCGUGUUGGGGUUUCGCUGGGAUCGCUCCGCCAACGGAUAAUUCCAUUCCGCCUGAAAACAUUAUCGGAUUUGCUGUUGCGCUUUGGGUGAGAGGAGUUAAGCAUGUACACACCGAAGUGGCAAAAAAACCAUUGAAACAUCCCCCUUGUGUCUUUAACUAUCGCCGGAGUCGGAGGCUCACAUGCCGGCCUCGCUAUAAAAGCGUGCCAGUAGUACUCCUGGCGGCCCAUUUGGUCCCCAUACGGACACACCGACACCGUUCGUGCAAGCAAUGAAAGCGACAGUGAGCUUGCUGCUGCUGCUCCUGCUGCUGUCCGUGGUCACACUCGGCACGUGCCGUACGGGAGGCUUCAAGGGUACGCGCACUUACAACCUGGAAACGGACGAGGAUCGCUAUGGACGGUACGAGCGGGUACUGCUCGGGCUGAAAACUUCUGAAGGGCUGCGGUUGGAUCCGGCCCUGCUGGACGAGGUGCGCCAGGUGUUGCUGCAGGAGGAACGGCAGGCCGCAUCCGGCCGGGAAGUGGAGCCGGUCGAUGUGCAUCUGUACAAGCCGCUGCAAUCGCGCCAUAUCGCCCAACUGCUUUACCGAGCGCGGCUUGAUGCGGUGUCGGGCUCGAACCGGCGGACACGAUAGCCGCAUGCCUCAAGGGGAAGCAAUAUGUAUUAUGUAUGUGUAGCAUUGCCGGGCAGAAGCCGGUUGGUUGACCGGUUGGAUUGGUUUAGUUUUUGGCAGGCGCGCGUGUCACGGGAUGAUUUGAAAUUGACACAGCGGGUGCCAGGAUGACCAGAGUACAAAACAUAUAUUGUAAGGCAGGAGAAGAUGGUGGUAAUACGAUCAGAAAUAAACAUUGUAUAUUUUUAGGGUAAAGAAAGGGUUCGUGUCUUCUUCUUUUACAUAACAUAUAAAAAAUAUAGAGAUUUUGUUGAAUUUUUAAAAUAUUCUUGUACA